AUGGCUGCAGCGCGUCCCACAGGUCUUAUUGCCAAGAAGGGCAUUGAGCUUCUGACAUUCGGAACCCCCAAUGGCUACAAGGCUAGCAUCAUUCUGGAAGAGCUGAAGGAGGCCUACGGACUCCCGUUUGUGGUCCAGAGCAUCAACAUCAUGCAGAACAUCCAAAAGGAGCCUUGGUUCACCACACUCAAUCCCAAUGGCAGGAUUCCGGUCAUUGUUGACCAUGAUAAUGAGCAACUUGCUGUCUUUGAGGGCAGCGCGAUUUUGAGCUAUCUCACCCGCAAGUACGAUACUGAGCACAAAUUCUCAUUUGCUCUCUCGGAUAACGACUACACCAGGGCUGAAUCUUGGAUUGGCUGGCAGCAUGGCGGCCUGGGCCCCAUGGUUCCUGCUAGGCAAGGCCAAGCCAACCACUUUGUCAGAUUUGCCAAGGAGAGGAUCCCCUAUCCCACCCAGCGCUACGUCGGCGAGACUGAGCGAUUGUUCGGCGUUCUCAACACACAUCUUGCCGAGCGGGAUUUCGUCGUCGGACCCAACCGUGGCCGGUACAGCAUUGCGGACAUCUCGAUGAUUGGUUGGGUCCAAAGUGCCCCCAUGGCUGGUAUUGAUAUCAAUCAGUUUCCGUCCGUCAAGGCGUGGUUGGAACGAUGUCUGGAGAGGCCUGCAGUCCAACGAGGUAUUAAGAUCCCGUCGCCUCCCUCAAUGUCUGUUGCCAACAUUGAGAAGCGAUUGCAGGAUGAGAAAGAGUUUGCUGAGAAGGAGGUCGAGGUCAAGAAGCAGAUUGAUGAAGCCAAGAAGGCCUACGGUUAUGUUUACACAUCGCCAUGA